ACUGAAUCGAUUUAUCGAAGUUACCUAGAAUGAUUCUUGCUUAGAAAUUAAGUCAUUUAAAUUUCAAAAUGUUUUAAAAAAUGCAUUAAUUUUAUUGCUUCCAAACAAAAUUCAGAGGUAUUAAAUUCCAUUCACGUCUACUGGAAAUAUUGCGAUGUUUAAUUUAGACUUGGAUCAAUUUCCUGAAAAUCUGAAGGGAGCUUGUGAUAGUGUAUUGAAAACAGAUGAUCAACUCAAGGCAAUAGCACCGAAAGCUAGCAUUACUUUAGCGACUGUCAAUAAUGCUAACUCUACCGAUCCACCUCAGAGUAAACCUAGCUCUCCGCAUCAGGGUGAAGAAGCUAAUCCAGUUCAAGUGCACCUGAUGUGCUGUGGUCCCAGCAAGUUACAACCGACAUUUGACGCUGAAAUUGCUAAAUUAGAAAACGAAAUUACACAGGCUUCCAGGGAUAUACAGGAUAAUGAUGUCACUUUGAAACAAAAUGUUAGCACUACAAAUGAGCUUGCGAAGUAUCGAACUAGUCUAUACAAAAGCUUAAUACAGGAGUGUGAAGCAGUUCAGGAACUUGAAGAGCAACUGUUUAGGGUCAAACAAUCAAUUCACUGUCCUCGUAAUGCUAAUAUGGUCAUUCCAAAAGUGAACCUUCAAGUGACAAUCGAGAACCUAACGGCUCUUGACAACAGAAAGAAUUCACUGCUUAAUGACAAGCUAUAUAAGGACAGUCUUGUGUCAAACUGCAAUGAAAUCAGUAAAAAAAUUGAUAGCUUCACAAAAGAUUGGAAGGAAAUGAUACCCACGCUUGAAUCUAUCGAAAAGGACCUCAAAGAAAAACAGACGACUUUGCGGACAAUUGCUAUUCCAGCUCCCCAACCAAAACCCCAGUAUCAUCGACAUACCCCUGAAAACAAACAAUUGCACCGUCCUUCUCGCUCUCCAGAUGAUGAGCAUAGCACUCAGGGUCAUUAUCACUCUCGUGAGAGUAAAAGGCAAUCGCGACCCUGCCGCUGCCCACAUCAAACAACGAAGCAGUCUUUGAAAAAAUCUGGGAAUAAUAAUUUUCCAAGGGCAUCUGGGGCGGACUACCCGGUCUCUAAAUCGAAGAAUUGCGACUGUCCGACAGGCUGCAAUUGCGAAGUUGAUGGCUAGAAAAAAUUCUGAUAAUAUAAAUCUUUUCAAUUAAAAAUCCAAAGUUGAUUCAUUUUAAGAUGACCAGAGUUCUAUUCUGAUACACCUACUUUAAGAGUAUUCUACACCGACUCAUUCUAUACCAAAUUUUACUGAACUAAAUACAAGAUGUCUCUAUAGAGAAGGAUAGCUCUUGGUAAAAUAUUUUUUAAUUACUAAAGCAAGAAAGGUGUGAAUUUACCUUUUUUUAAGGUGGUUUUCCUUUGUGACGGUUUUCAGGAUUCGGUUCUUUCCU